UGCAGCGCAAAGCAAAUCAAGAUCGAAAAAGACACUUGCCACAUUUGGUCGAUACAAACUAGGCGCACGACCUUCAGCCUCCUUGGCCCCUUCCUCCCACUCACGCCAAAAUCGACGGCGAUUUCCCCAACCACUCGGCGAGAAGUUCAAGUUUCACAUCUCUCGUUCUCCAUUUAACAACUCCACCAACAUCACCUUCGUUUCUCUACACUUUCCUCUAUCUCUCACGCUCACAUUUCUCUAGCAAUGGCUCAAGUGGUUGCUACUAGAUCGAUUAAUGGCUUGUCGACUUGCCCUAACUCUGGAUCAUUACUGGAGAGACCGGACAAGUUGAAGCCGGCGAGCUUUGCUUCUAGAGUACUGGGUCGUGAGGAGGAGAAGACGAGCAAGAGAAUUGCUUACAGAAGCACCCGAACCACGUGUAAGAGAGCCGCGGAGCCUGAAGUCGUUCCGGUGUCACCUGAGGAUGUAUUUCAGAGGGAGGAGCAGUUUAAAAAUUUACUGGGGAUAGAGCAACUAAGUGACACAUCAGUAAGUGUGUGGUCCAAACCUACUGUUAGACGUAAGACAAAAAUUGUCUGCACAAUUGGUCCUUCAACCAACACACGUGAAAUGAUAUGGAAGCUGGCUGAGGCUGGAAUGAAUGUUGCUCGGAUGAAUAUGUCUCAUGGAGACCAUGCGUCUCAUCAGAAAGUUAUUGAUCUUGUUAAAGAGUAUAAUGCACAAUCUCAAGACAACACCAUUGCGAUCAUGCUUGACACCAAGGGCCCUGAGGUUAGGAGUGGUGACCUGCCGCAACCAAUUAUGUUAAAUAGUGGACAAGAAUUUACUUUCACCAUCAGGAGAGGUGUUGGCACAGCUGAUUGCGUCAGUGUUAACUAUGAUGAUUUUGUUAAUGAUGUGGAAGUGGGUGACAUGCUGCUUGUAGAUGGUGGUAUGAUGUCUUUCAUGGUGAAGUCCAAGACAGAAGAUUCAGUGAAAUGUGAAGUUGUUGAUGGAGGAGAGCUCAAGUCUAGGCGCCACCUUAAUGUUCGAGGAAAAAGUGCCACACUUCCUUCUAUAACUGAGAAGGACUGGGAUGACAUUAAAUUUGGAGUGGAUAAUCAAGUUGACUUUUAUGCUGUUUCCUUUGUUAAAGACGCACAAGUUGUUCAUGAGUUGAAGAAUUAUCUGCGAAGUUGUGGGGCAGAUAUCCAUGUUAUUGUAAAGAUCGAAAGUGCAGAUUCUAUACCAAAUUUGCAUUCGAUCAUCACAGCAUCCGAUGGGGCAAUGGUUGCACGAGGGGAUCUGGGUGCGGAGCUCCCUGUUGAGGAAGUUCCACUUCUGCAGGAAGAGAUAAUCAGGAUUUGUCGCAGCAUGGGGAAAGCUGUCAUUGUGGCAACAAAUAUGCUGGAAAGCAUGAUUGUUCAUCCAACUCCAACCAGAGCAGAGGUAUCAGACAUUGCAAUAGCUGUUAGAGAGGGUGCAGAUGCAGUCAUGCUUUCUGGAGAAACUGCUCAUGGAAAGUUCCCAUUGAAAGCAGUGAAAGUUAUGCAUACGGUCGCAUUACGAACAGAAGCAACCAUAGAUGGUGGUGUAAUGCCACUUAAUCUUGGUCAAGCUUUCAAGAACCACAUGAGCGAGAUGUUUGCUUACCAUGCAACAACGAUGUCCAACACUUUGGGAACAUCCAUUGUUGUCUUCACCAGAACUGGAUUCAUGUCCAUACUACUGAGCCAUUAUCGCCCCUCAAGCACAAUCUUUGCUUUCACAAAUGAGAAGAGGAUUCAACGGAGGCUGGCGCUAUAUCAAGGAGUAUGUCCCAUAUAUGUGCAAUUUUCUGAUGAUGCUGAAGAAACCUUUCAAAAUGCUUUAGGUUUGCUGCAGAAACAGGGGAUGGUGAAGGAAGGAGAGGAGGUGGCCCUUGUUCAGAGUGGCAGACAGCCCAUCUGGAGGUUUCAAUCCACUCACAAUAUCCAGGUCAGGAAAGUCUAGGCACAAUGAAGGAUAAAUACCCAUUUGUCCAAGGCAUCAGUCCUCCCUCCAUACAAGCUACUAGGAUUCUUCAGGCUUCUGUUAUGGAAAUGGCAUAAGGUUUGCACUGUAGGUUGCUAAAUACAUUUGCUUCUUAGUUUCCAUCUAGUUUUAAUUGCUUCUGUUUUAUUUAUUAUCAUUAGUACUUGCCCUAAAAAGAUGAUAUGGUGUGUAAUUUUGUUUGGGAUAUGCAUAUGCUCAUGUCCUUGUGCUUCAUCUUA